CAAGAACAUUAACCGUCGUUAACUAUUUAAAAGAAGUGAGCUGUAAGCAGGUAUGUCAACUGAAAAGUGUGAAGCAAUGAAUGAGAAGUCAGAUUUGUCGCGGUAUCUAUGGUUAGUGUCAGAGCAAAUUGAAAGACGAAUCGCAAGAUCAAAGUACCUUACAUACUUUUUAAGCAAUAUAUUUGAUCGUUCUAUAGUUUAUUCAGGAAGCCGAUCGGAAGGUGUUUCUAUUGCACAAUCUGACACUGACUUUAUGUUUGAAGCCAAAGGAGUGUUUGUGAAUGAUAUGCCUAAUUUAGGAAAGUCAUCUGAUCAAGUUACACAGUUGGUGAUGGAUCUUACAGAUGUUCAUCCCGGUUAUACAAAGUUGUUGUUUGAAAAUGAUCGCAAUGAUAAGGACAAUAGUGAGUUUGCAGUAUACGGUAAUGGUUUACAUUCUUUAUGCCCACAAGGGUCAAAUUUUGUAUCGAACACAUUGGUACUUGAUUAUUGGAACUCACAGUCAGCUUCUAUUCUACCUGAUCAACACAGAGAGAAAGAUUUAUAUUUCCAUGGUCCUUGCGUACUCACGGCGUACACAAUAAUGAUGACACGACAUGAGAUUGAUGUCGCUAUUUCAUUUAAAAGCAAGUGGCCAGUAGUCGCAGAGGAAUGGAUAAGAAGAGAAAGAAAAUAUAACUGGCCUUCUUCAUCCAUGAUCAAUCAAAUUAAGGAACAAGGUAUAAAUCUGGUUCCCGUAGGGCAUGCAAAUUCGCCAAAUAAAGAACUUGAAUGGAGAUUAUCAUUUUCAAAAGCUGAAAGACUUUUAGUAUGGUCUUUCAAUCCGGUUCAGCAGAUAUGCAUGAAUGUUAUGAAACAUUUUUUCAACAGUCAGAUCACUCCUAAAUUUCCAAAAUUGUUUCCAUCCUAUUUCAUUAAAAUAGCUAUGUUUUGGAUAAUAGAAAAAACAGAAAACUGCUUUUGGAUCGAAGAAAAUUUGCUCUCAUGUUUGACCACGCUCUUUGAAAGAUUGGUUGCUUAUCUAGAAGAAAAGAAAAUUGACAACUAUUUCAUACCCGCAGAUAAUAUGAUGGACGCAAAGCCAGAAGAUAAACUGAAUAGUUUAAAACUUGAACUUCUUAAGUAUAAGUACAAUUGCAAUAGUGUAUGGUUGCAAAUUCUAAAUAUUGGGAUUUCAACAUUUGAUAAAAAUGAUAUAUAUUAUCAUCAUAUACAGAUUAAUUGUCUAAGCAUCUCUCGGUUCUUUAUAUAUACAGAACUGUUGGAUUUAGAUUAUCAAACCUGUUUGCGAAAUCUAGAGGGAGCCAUAACAAUCCUUAAUGGAACCGAUAUCUUUCCUGUCAUGCGUAGACAUUUGAUAAGUGAAAUCAACAUAACAAAAGCGUGCUUACAGUUUUACAAUGACUGUAACAAAAGCAAAGUGCAUGCAGAAAGAGACAUAAAAUGUAUUGAAAAAAAAUUACAAACUGGGUGCGCCCUAAACAAUUCAACAGGAAAAUUAACACUCUGUACGUUUCUGUCGUACACAAAACAAUAUCAGGAGGCGUUGACUCUUUUACAAGAUAUUGAAGAUCAGUUUACUGAUUUGGUUGUGCAUUACAGGAUCUGGGAACGUUCGAAAAAGCCAAUGGAUGAAGAUUAUGACUUAUCAAAACCACGGUCCUCAUUCGAGGAUACAAUGCGGACUUACAUUGCUUUAGAUGUGGUUGUAAUCCCAUUUCUUUUGAGAAUCUAUCCUCAGUCGGUCCAGUCAAUUCCUACAGCCGAAGAACAGGUGUUAUUCAUACAUCCUGUUUUGUACACUAAGGUGUUAAAAUUUCACUGUCAUCAUAUGUUACAAAAUCAUGAUGAAUGCCAAAAUAUUUUUGAAGAAAUGAAAAAGUGUUCAGCACUGGAGCAAGAUGUUUCGGAUUCAACUUCUGAAAACAUAAUUUCCAAUUGUGAAAUGAUGUUGACUGAGAUACAGACACAGAGGCAGACAUAACCAUUAAUAAAAGAAACAUCGCCAUAUAACAUCUCAUCUGUUGGUGCGACGUAACCCCCCCCCCCCAAAAAAAAAAAAAAAAAAAAAAAAAAGAAAUGCACAUGAGUAUUACGUUAUUUCGUAUAUUGCGACAUUUUCGUGCGAUAAUUGUUUUUUUUUCUUCACAAGAAAUUGCGAUUUAUUUAAUUUUCUUCUUUGAGUGUCUUCAUUAAAAUAAGAUUUUGUAAUUCGUUUGUGAUAAAUUCUGAUGCACAAACACCUGUAUUUGUAUCCAAUACCGCCCUAUCACUAACUGCAUCUGGAUAGAAUUAAAAAAAAAGUUUCAUCAAUGAUAAAACAUG